AUAAAGAGGGGACGUAGUUUUCAGUUUUGAUGAAAACACGCUUUCUGGGGCUGGAGAGAGGAGACCUGUGAGAACUGAGAAAAGAACACACCACAUAUAGAGAAGGUUUGUGAGAAGUAAAGAAGACGCAGACAGUGCUUUGAUUUUGAUUGAAUAAAAGGAACAAACCAACAAAGUUAUAUUGGAAACGUGCCCAACGCUACUUCUUCGCCACAUGCAACAGUGACGCCACGCCACGCCACCGCGAGAUCCAUUCGUUUGGAAUCCAUCUAUCUUCAAAAUGUUAAGAAUUUGAGAAAUGGGUUUUGAAAUCCAAGCAAUUUGAGACGCGGGUUUUGAAAUUCAAGCGAUUUGGGACGUGUAUUUUUGAAUUUGAGGCCAUUUUAUUGAUGGGUUUGGGAGGAAUCUGAGGAAAUUUCUUCAAUGUCGGAGAGCGAUCAGCGUCGUCUUCUCGGGGCGUCCGAGGAUGACGUGGAGGUUCGAGGCUCGGAAUUGGCGUUGGCGGUCGUCAAUGGCAGCAGUGGCAACAACAACAACAACAGAGGUUUCAGGGAUUUGCUAAGGUUGUCGGGUCACCGACACAGUUUCAAGCACAUUGACAAAGAAGGGGAUAGGGAUAGGGAUAGAGAUAGAAGAGAUCAGAAUCGGCAUCUCCACGAUGUGGAUCUUGAUUCUUCUGUUGAUGUGCUUGGGGACAGUGCACCUCCUGAAUGGGCGUUGCUUCUCUUUGGUUGCCUCAUUGGACUCACCACUGGCCUCUUUGUGGCACUUUUUAAUAAAGGGGUGCAUAUAAUACAUGAAUGGGUAUGGGCUGGCACUCCAGUUGAGGGUGCUGCCUGGCUUCGUAUUCAGAGAUUGGCUGAUACAUGGCAUCGAAUCCUUUUAAUACCUGUCACUGGAGGAGUCAUUGUCGGCAUGAUGUGUGGUUUACUGGAAAUACUGGACCAAAUAAAGCAAUCCACUUCCUCUCAAACACAAGGUUUUGAUUUUCUUGCAGGAAUCUUUCCAACAAUAAAGGCUAUCCAGGCUGCAGUUACUUUAGGUACGGGCUGUUCAUUGGGCCCCGAAGGUCCUAGUGUUGAUAUUGGGAAGUCAUGUGCCAACGGAUUUUCACUAACGAUGGAACACAACAGAGAGAGGAAAAUAGCACUUGUUGCGGCUGGUGCAGCAGCUGGUAUUUCUUCAGGCUUCAAUGCACCAGUUGCUGGUUGUUUCUUUGCUAUCGAAACUGUGCUGAGGCCUCUUCGUGCAGAGAACUCUCCCCCAUUUACAACUGCCAUGAUUAUAUUGGCUUCUGUUAUCUCGUCAACUGUAUCUAAUGUUUUACAGGGGAUCCAAUCUGCUUUCACAAUACCCGAGUAUGAUUUGAAAUCUGCUGCUGAGCUACCUUUAUACCUGAUAUUGGGAAUGCUAUGUGGUGUUAUAAGUGUGGCCCUGACUCGUUUGGUUGCUUGGUUCACCAAAUUAUUUAAGACUAUUCAGGAUAAGUUUGGCAUUCCUACUGUGGUCUGCCCUGCUUUAGGUGGCUUUGGAGCUGGGAUCAUUGCUCUUAAAUAUCCUGGAAUAUUGUAUUGGGGUUUCACAAAUGUGGAAGAAAUUCUACGCACUGGAAAGAGUGCUUCAGCUCCUGGAAUAUGGCUUCUGGCUCAAUUGGUAUUUGCUAAAGUUAUUGCAACAGCUCUUUGCAAGGGAUCUGGGCUAGUAGGUGGUCUUUAUGCACCGAGUUUAAUGAUAGGUGCUGCAGCUGGUGCUGUAUUUGGAGGCUUUUCUGCUGAAGUUAUUAAUUCAGCAAUUCCUGGAAAUACCGCUGUUGCUCAGCCCCCAGCAUAUGCUCUGGUUGGAAUGGCUGCUACAUUAGCAUCUGCUUGUUCUGUUCCUUUGACUUCAGUUCUACUUCUGUUUGAGCUGACAAAAGAUUAUAGGAUACUGCUUCCACUCAUGGGAGCUGUUGGAUUGGCAAUAUGGGUUCCCUCAGUGACAAACCAGGUGAAGGGGAGUCAGACACCUGAUUCAAGUAAAUCAGCAAGAGGAUAUUCUCCAAUUUCACAUGCUGGAGAUGAUAAUGAGGAUAACUGGAGACAAGCCAAUGAUGGGAAUGAUUUAGAACUCAGUAUUGUUGGAGAUGGCACAGAUCUUGAACCAAUUGAUACGGAACUGCUUCUGGACAAUCUUCAGGUUUCCCGGGCCAUGUCAAAACAAUAUCUGAAGGUUUUGUCAUCUUUAACUCUGAAAGAUGCAAUGAAAUGCAUGCAUGACAGCCAGCAGAAGUGUGUGCUGGUAGUUGAUAAAGAAGAUUUUCUAGAAGGAAUAUUGACAUGUGGUGACGUUAAAAGGUGUCUGUCCCAGAAGUCUAAUGACACUUUGAAGAGCGAUUCAGGGAUUUUGGAUAAUGUGGGUUUUGGCUUAACUCAACUUCAAAAGUUAGCUCUUAAGGCAAACACAUGCCUCGUUUCCUCUGUUUGUACUCGAGGGAUGACCUAUCGUGGACAAGAGCGAGGAAUUUUAACCUGCUAUCCAAAUACUAGUUUGGCUAUGGCCAAAGAGUUGAUGGAGGCCAAGGGCAUUAAGCAAUUACCAGUGGUUAAACGUGGUGGAGAUCACAGUAGAGAAAUGAAGAGGAGAAUUGUUGGUCUUCUUCAUUAUGAUGCACUAUGGCAAUUCCUCAGGAAAGAGAUUAAUCUCCAGCAAAUAGCCCAUCAAAAUAGAACAGAUAAAAAUUUGGCUGUGAUAACAACAAAUGGGCACUAGUUCUGUGGUCAAUCUUUUUUGUUGCUCUUAUGAAGGAAAUAGUGAGGUUGUAGCAACAAGCUCUUUUUUGUUGCUCUUAUGAAGGAAAUAGUGAGGUUGUAGCAACUAGCUCCUUGGUUGCCUUCAAAAGUGAGACUAUUAAUUCAUGUAUAUUCUAGUGCCAAAAUAUUGGUUAUUUGAUAAGGAAGAAAAUACAAGUUAAGAUCAUCAAGUCUAAAUCAUAACAUGAUAUUCUUUUGCAUAAUUUAGGACACUGCAGCGUGAAAAGUAACUCUAAGAAGCAAAAGACUACAGAAUACAAUGGGAAAUAAAAAAGUGUUUAAACACUGAAAUUCGUUCC